AUGAGUUUGGAUCGUGUUAUUCAGGAUUCGGAUGAGGAUGAACCCUUCGAGGGGGAUGCUCCCUCCGUGUCUAUGGACCCCCUCCAUCCCUCUGAACCCAUAUUGCAGCAACAACAUCAUGAAGUCCCCGCCAAACAAUUGACCCACUAUACAAUGCAUGAACAUGGUCAUGCUACCGAAGAAAGCAUGUUUCCACAGCUAAAUGUCAACUUUGAUGAAUUCCUCCAAUCACAAGAAAGAGGCCAUGCGAUGAUAUCAUCAUCGCAGCAACGGCUUGAGGAUAAAUGGAUUCCCUCAGCCAGCGAAGGCGGGAGUGGAUCGGUCGGUGCUAUGAUGGCGGAGAUCGGAAUUGCGCAGAGGAGACUUUUAGACGAAGACCCGUCGAGUGCUGGUGUCCAAUUCCCUAAUACAGCCGCCAUGUACUCGAUGGACUCUAUCGAGUCUGCACCAUUUCCCACCAUGCCAAGCUCUCAUGAACAUCAGAUGGAUCAAGCAGAGAGCGAUAACCUCGCAUAUGCCAGAGCACACGAUGGCGUUUACGUUGACGCGAAUCAGCCCUUGUUGUCCACCAGACAGGAUAUCUAUGACUUGACUCCCCCUGAAACCACUACUAACUCAAUGGCUUCGCCUCCUAAAAUCAUCCCUCAACAAUUCGUCGAACCCUUGAUGCAUCAGGAGAACGCACAGCUAAACCCAUUUCCGAAAGCUCUACAGUACGACUUUCAUCAAAUUGGUCCCCAUUCUUCCCAUGACACCGAACCUUUCUCCUCCGUUGCGUCAAUGGCAUUCAACGGAGCAAGGCCUGAGCUAGCAGAAACCAACAUCAUUCCACAAAAUUCCCAAGCAAGUACACACGACGAGCUAGCUCUACCAGCUGCCAUACCAACUGUGGAUGUCUCCGUUGCAAAAAAGAAGCGAGGAAGGCCCAAGAAACAGUCUUUCCCACAAGAUGACGAAGACGACGAGCUAGCCAACUCUCGAGACCACGAGUUCAAACAUUCUGGUGCAAAUGGUGCGAUUGAUCCAUCCGAUAACGAAGAGACCACCGAGAAUAACACCCCGGCCUCGAGUGGAGUCUCCGCUGAGACUAACGAACAAAACUUAGACUCAACCCCCAAACCUGUUAAACCAAACGCCAAGGAAUCGAAAAAGAAGAAACCCAAAAAGGCCAAGGCAACGCCUAUUCCCGAUCCAGACAAUGACGAUGUAAUAUGGGUAGACACCAGACCCCUCGACGUGCAAACUCCAACAGAGAAUGCCACCCCUCAGACAGAAACCCCCGAAACCACAGCAACCGAUACCAGCCCCACGACCUUGACCUCAAACCCCUCCGAUGAUCCUAAGCCACCAACACCAGCACCCGUGAUCGAAGAGAACACACAGGCCGAAAACGAAAAACCCCCACCCAAAAAACGCGGACGCAAGCGAAAGCAACCACCAGAGCAAGUACAAACACCAACCGAAGACACAGACACACCAGAACCCAACAACCCAGUGGAAGCCAAAACCCCUGCACCGAAGUUAGCCGUGAUUGUCGAUAACAGCCCGAAGUCCAUACCAGACGCCAACCAGAGCGUUGAAAACGACCCAUCUGCUAUCCAAAACCCGGAGCAGAAUGGGAAUGGGAAUUCUGCUCCGGAUAUCAAUGUUCCUGCAACUACAUCUGAUGAACCUCCACCUCAGACCCCCUCAAAGCCUGAUGCGGCGUCUGUCAUUACACCCCGGAAUACAGGCAAGGGACCGGAUAAGCAUAGUCCCAUCUCGGCGCGGAGUGCAGUGCCCUACCGCGUGGGACUGAGUAAGAGGGCGAGGAUUGCGCCGCUGCUCAAGAUUGUGCGGAAAUAG